AACAAUUUGGUUAUUUGGAGAAUAAGAAAGGUCUCAAUUAAGAGCUCUCUCUUCGUCAUUUCAAGAACGCGAGGUUGCAAAUUAAGAGUAAGAGAUGGCUCGUACUAAGCAAACUGCUCGCAAGUCAACUGGAGGGAAAGCUCCAAGGAAGAGUUUGGCCACCAAGAUUGCUUAUAAGUCUGCCCCAAGCACCGCUGGAGGUGUGAAGAAGCCACACAGAUACCGCCCUGGUACUGUUGCUCUUCGCGAAAUCCGCAAGUACCAGAAAAGUACUGAUCUCUUGAUCAGGAAGCUGCCAUUCCAGAGGCUUGUUCGUGAAACUGCGCAGAACCACAAGAGUGAUCUGCGUUUUAAUAGCCAUGCGGUGAUGGCAUUGCAGGAGGCUUCUGAGGCUUACCUUGUGAGGCUGUUUGAGGAUACGAAUCUCUGCUCUAUCCAUGCAAAGCGAGUAACCAUCAUGCCGAAAGAUAUGCAGCUGGCUCGGAGGAUCAGGGGUGAUCUGCAUUAGUUUCUAGCUAGCUGUGAGCCUGUGAAUGCAUGGGAUUGGAAGAUGACCAGUGUUUCGUUUUGUUUUUCUUUGUGAACUCAUGGGAUUUGGUACUAGUUCCUAUGGGAUCUGGUAUUAGUUUCCAUCUAUUUUCUCUUUUA